UGCUCAACUUCCGUUCUCUACCACUCAUAUCCGCUGUAUGUAUAUUGUGUGUGUGUUGGAAAGAGGACUGUGAAAUUAGAGAUAUGUCGGUCCAGGUUGUCGCUGCGAAAAUGGCCGAGGUCGAGCUGAAAGAUAUUAACAGCAAAAUUCUGCCUGCUGCGAUGCCAGUGGUACAGAAGCAGGAAGAAAAGUCGGCGGUUAAAAGCCAAACCGCUGUCCCUUCCACCAGUCCUGCUGUUUCGGCUGCAGCUAAGGUGGCUGCAGCACCCGAAGAGCCUACCCUUCCAACCCCGAGUCCGAACCUCAUGAAGAUGCCGCAGGCAUCUGUAUUGAAGCGGACUGAACCACAGCACAACGGCGGAGAGGCGUUCAUCAAUCCCGAUGGUACAGUAACUGAGGCCCCGAAGACUGUGAAAAAGCAAAUCCAGUUUGCUGACCAGAAGCAGGAGUUUAACAAGCGCACCACCAAGAUUGGCCGUCGCUCCCUGUCCCGCUCCAUCUCCCAGUCCUCCACAGACAGCUACAGCUCAGCCGCCUCCUACACAGACAGCUCGGAUGAUGAGACCUCUCCGAGAGACAAGCAGCAGAAGAACUCCAAGGGAAAUGGUGACUUCUGCAUCAAAAACAUCAAGCAGGCAGACUUCGGGCGGAGGGAGAUUGAGAUCGCUGAACAAGCUGCCCGUCCUGCCUGUGCAGAGAUGCCUGCCCUGAUGGCUUUGAGGAAGCGAGCUCAGGGAGAGAAGCCACUGGCUGGAGCAAAGAUCGUGGGCUGCACUCACAUUACUGCACAGACUGCUGUCCUGAUGGAGACACUGGCUGCCCUGGGUGCUCAGUGCAGGUGGGCUGCCUGUAACAUUUACUCCACUCAGAAUGAAGUUGCAGCUGCCCUUGCUGAAGGUGGGUUUGCUGUGUUUGCGUGGAAAGGUGAAUCGGAAGACGACUUCUGGUGGUGUAUUGACCGGUGUGUCAAUGUGGAGGGGUGGCAGCCCAACAUGAUUCUGGAUGAUGGAGGUGACCUCACUCACUGGAUCUAUAAGAAGUACCCCAACAUGUUUAAGAAGAUCAAGGGGAUUGUGGAGGAGAGUGUCACUGGAGUGCACAGGUUGUACCAGUUGUCUAAAGCUGGGAAGCUGUGUGUCCCAGCCAUGAACGUGAAUGACUCUGUAACCAAACAAAAGUUUGAUAAUCUUUACUGCUGUAGGGAGUCCAUCCUGGAUGGUCUUAAAAGAACGACAGAUGUGAUGUUUGGAGGAAAGCAGGUGGUAGUGUGUGGAUACGGAGAGGUUGGAAAGGGGUGCAGUGCUGCCCUGAAAGCCAUGGGCUCCAUUGUGUAUGUCACUGAGAUAGACCCCAUCUGCGCUCUGCAAGCCUGCAUGGAUGGUUUCAGACUGGUGAAGCUGAAUGAAGUCAUCAGACAGGUGGACAUAGUUAUCACUUGUACAGGUAAUAAAAACGUUGUGGUAAGGGAAUACUUAGACCGUAUGAAGAAUGGUUGCAUUGUCUGCAACAUGGGACAUUCCAACACUGAAAUUGACGUGGCCAGUCUGCGCACUCCUGAGCUGACCUGGGAGCGUGUGAGGUCACAGGUGGACCAUGUGAUCUGGCCUGACGGCAAGAGAAUAGUGCUGCUGGCCGAGGGUCGUCUGCUGAAUCUGAGCUGCUCUACAGUUCCUACCUUUGUGCUCUCCAUCACCGCAACUACCCAGGCACUGGCUUUAAUAGAGCUGUACAAUGCUCCAGAGGGCCGUUACAAGCAGGAUGUCUACUUGCUGCCGAAGAAAAUGGAUGAGUACGUGGCGAGCCUUCAUCUUCCAACAUUCGACGCACAUCUAACUGAACUGACAGAUGAGCAAGCGAAGUACCUGGGCUUGAAUAAAAACGGGCCCUUUAAGCCAAAUUACUAUAGAUAUUAGCCUUCUGUAAAAAUAAAAAAAUAACAGACCAGAAGAACAGUAGAGACCAGAACAAGAAAAGAAGCCUUUCAGAGCUACAGUACAGGAUUUAAGAAGCUCCUGAUUUUAAAAAGCUGGACUUCACGGCGAAGCAGACACACAGCACAUUGAGAGCUUUAUUUAUUUUAACUGGAAUAUUGUAAUCUAACCUGGCUGCUGGGUCACUCCUAGAAGUGGCUUGAGGAGGUUACAUGAAUUAAUUUUCUCUUACGUAUCUUGUCAGUUGUAAGUAAUCCACUAGAGGUGUUAUUGUAACCCUAAAGAGAGAUAUGGGGGGGGGGGGGGGGGAGUGUGAGGGUGAUUAUUUUUUAAAUUGAUGCACAGGUUUCAGUCUUAUUGUCUUUAUUUUCUGUUUGCAGGGGUGGGAGGGCUACAUUCUUACUGUCUGAACUACAGAUCAAUAGAUUCAGAUUGUAUUUGUUUUAAAGCUCAUGUUCUGUUCCAAUAUAUUUGAGAGAAGUUUGCACAAGUAAAUUGGCUGAUGAUAUUAUUCAUGCUUUGUUUGUUGUCCCCUCCCCUCUGUGAGACCAACACUAAAUGUGAAAGGUACCUACCGACAGCACUACAUUUUUAAAGUUCACUGCAGCUUUUAAAACCUUUCUAUGGUCGUAUAUGUCAUUUUUAGAAUAUAUCCAGAUUAAUAUAAAAUAUAUUUAAUAUGUCAGUGUUCAACCAACAUGAUACAUCUCGCUCUCCCUUGCUCUCUCUCUAUAUACACACACACACACACACAGAAAACAUGAACUGUACAGUGGGGGAUUCUCUAGGUGCUAAAAUUAACAUUAGUAUGGCUAGGGGUGCUGCCUUCUCUAUUAUAAACUGGAUUUUCUCUGUUAUUAACAAAGAUUAGUGUUUUAAAUGGAAAUUGUUCCGAAGUGUUUUCCUUGAUUUCUUCAACGUGAUCAUUUUACCUUUUUGUUAAAUCAUUUGCAGUAUCUUUUUAAUUAAAAAAAGGAAAUACUUAAGGGAGCUGUAGUUUGUACGUAAAUGGUAGCUUCCAUAAUGCAUUAGUUUAGUAUAACUAAUUACUAGCUCGGAUGAGCAACUUCGUUUGCAUUUGACAUAACCCAUCACCUAACUGCAACUAUUAAACAGCAUUUGCACUACAUAGUAUUUUUAGUAAAAAGGUUUUAAUGUGUUCUAUUUACACCAGAGGCUGGGCAUCAAGACAAAACAAAACCAGAACUGCACCAAUUGGUGCGACCUGCUAUUGACAUGUAUCAUCGUUUCCGAUUAAAAUCAUCCAUUGUGAAUGGGACGAAGACCUUCCCAUUAAAUUAUAGAAGUGUGCACUGUCCUCUAUAAAACUUAGUCUACUAUAAACAACAUUUGUAUAGGUACUGUCCCGUUAAACCUUUUAAAGUAAGUUUUAAACUUAUGUAAAUUAAUUUAUAUGCAUCAAUACACAAUCUUGUUGCUAAAGCAAUGGAUUUUAAAGCUUUACAAAAGACAUUUAUUAUCAGUAUUAGUGUUACAGCAAGAGUCUUUAAACUUUAACAUUGUCUUUUAUUUAGGCUCAGAGUACUCUGAAUUCGAAAAUAAUAGUAAAACAAAUGAUAAUAAUUAUUAGUAAAUUUACUUGUGCUAAUUUUAACUCAUUCUUAUAAAGUGGAUAAAGAUUAUUUCUUUGCAAGUAAAAAUCCCCAUUGUCUUAACUGAUUUUUUUUACGUUACAUCGUUCACUCCUAUUUUUUUUUUGUAAUUAUUAUUUUUGCUUUAAUUG